AUGUAAAUAUGUACAAACAGUGAUAGACAAAUGAGAUAUUUAAAAAAUUACCUGAUACUAAAUAAUGCAAAGGCAGAAGAAUUAUUGAAUCAAAAUUUUAUGACAAUCAAAUGACAACAAAUGUCUGUUUUUGGUAGCUCAAAAUUGCAUUGUUAUUUUUCGUUGACAUUAAAAAAAAAAAUGAAUAGCUGUUUAUCCAUACAUGUAGGCACAGGGUAGGGUAAUGUGAUGCACGUAUCGGCGAGUUGAGGUCUGCUUAACGCCUCCGUAGUGGGAGAGAACGCUCCGUUCUAUGAGCUGGACAGGUAUAAGGGACUUGAGUUAGUUUCAUACACGCUCAGUGCAUGUUUCGUUGGUCGUCCCGCUUCGAGGGAAGUCGAUUCGUCGCCGUCGUGUCUUAUCUUUGCCGAAGAAAGAAAGAGAGAGAGAGAGAGAGAGAGAAAAAGAGAGGUGCGUUUUUCGAUAUUCUCACCCCGUGACAUCUGUGGGCGUCUUCUCUUCAGGCGUGGCGAAUCUACCUCAGAUGUCCAGCGAAACGAGGAGAUAGUCGCGCUAUGGGGGUCCCGUUGGAAACAACGAGUUCGUACCUGCAAGGAACGCGACAUGAAUUCGACGGACGCUGGAUCUGAUCGCAAGCCGCUUGAAGAAUUACGGUUCGACGUAUACAUCUGUGAAAAGGGGACGUUGCGCCGUACGCAGGUGCCGUAUUCUUGUCUUUGAGGGUCGUCCUCGUCAUUCCGUCGUUUCUCUCACAAGGGUCGAUUAAACAGAGGCGAUCAGUGGGAAGAGUCGGCCGAGUCGUUGGACGAAUAGAACAGUAACGUGGAGACUCUCACUCGAGGAAACAGAGGGAAGUACUUUCUGCCUGAAAAGGAAUUCAACGAAAUAAUUUAGGAUUUAGAAGGGUUCAAGAGACAGUGAUAUGGCCACGAUGGCUGGCAGUGAGUACACAUCCGUGAAAGACUUUUACAGAGACAGAUCGAUUUUUAUAACCGGAGCAACAGGUUUCAUGGGCAAGGUUCUCGUCGAGAAGCUACUGAGAUCAUGUCCGGACAUCAAAAAUAUCUACCUUUUAAUGAGACCUAAAAAAGGCCAGAAUGUGCAAGAGAGGUUGCAAGAGCUUUUAAAUGGACCGCUUUUUGAAAAAUUACGGCGGGACUCUCCUGGCGAGCUUUCCAAGAUCAUACCCGUGGCAGGCGACAUUACAGAGCCGGAGUUGGGCAUCUCGGCGGACGAUCAAAAUAUGUUAAUACGAUCCGUGUCGAUCGUUUUCCAUUCGGCGGCCACGGUCAAGUUUGACGAGGCUUUGAAGCUCUCGGUCACCAUAAAUAUGUUGGGCACCAAAAGAUUGGUGCAAUUAUGCAACCGCAUGCACAACGUGGAGGCGUUCAUUCACGUGUCAACGGCGUACUGCAAUUGCGAUCGGAACGAUGUCGCCGAGGAGAUAUACCCGGUGGGGCGGGAACCCGAUCAGGUGAUCGCUCUGACAGAGUGGAUGGACGACAAGAUGGUCGAAGAGUUCACGCCGAAUCUGAUCGCCAGCCGACCAAAUACGUACACAUUCACCAAAGCACUGGCCGAGCGGAUGCUCCAGCGGGAAAAGGGCUCCCUACCUGUGGCGAUUGUCAGGCCAUCGAUUGUACUGUCGUCGUACAGAGAACCGGUUGCUGGUUGGGUGGACAAUUGCAAUGGUCCCACGGGGAUUAUCGCCGCCGCUGGGAAGGGCUUCUUCAGAACCAUGCUGUGCCACGAGGACAAGGUCGCGGAUCUGGUACCCGUCGACAUCGUGAUUAACCUGAUGAUCUGCGCGGCAUGGAGGACCGCCACGCAGCGCAUCGACACCAUCCCGAUUUACAACUGCUGCACCGGCCAGCAGAAUCCUAUAACCUGGAAGCAGUUCGUUGACUUGUCGUUCAAAUAUUGCCGGCUGCAUCCGGCGAACGACGCGCUCUGGUAUCCGGACGGUCGCUGCCACAGCUCCGCCAUGAUAAACAAAUUGUGCGUGACAUUUCAGCACAUAUUACCUGCGUAUAUCUUAGAUACUCUCGCUCGGCUCAAGGGCACGCGGCCUAUAAUGGUCCGCGUACAGUCGAAACUUUCCAAAGCCGCCCAGUGUUUGGAGUACUUCAGUACGAAACAGUGGAAUUUUAGAGACGACAACGUGCGACGACUGGGUGAGCAACUCAGCCCGGAGGAUCGGGAAACAUUCAUGUUCGAUGUCAGGCAAAUCGACUGGCCGUCGUACUUGGAGCAUUACAUUCUGGGAAUACGACAGUUUAUAUUGAAAGAGAGUCCGGACACACUGCCAGCUGCUCGUUCAUACAUCACAAAACUGUAUUGGCUCCACAAGGCCGUGCAACUCGGGAUACUGAUGAUAAUGCUACGUGUCCUGUUGUUACGCCGCUCCGCAGCGCGAGGGGCCUUCUUCUCGCUGCUGUCCAUCGUACUUCGCAUGUGCCGCUUGAUUGUUUGACGGCUCAGAACGGGCCCGGUCGAUGAUCGUGAUCAGCGUAAGACAAGGCGGCCGUUGAUCAACGGCCGUUAUUUAAAGGUGCGAUUUGUUCUUCGACCUCGUUGCUCAGCCUCCUCGACGAUAAAGCGCUACCACCUACACAUCCAUCGAUUGGCCUUUCCGAUGUUGCUAAUCGUCGGCAAGUAAACGACGCCAGUUAACAGAUACUCGCGAUUCACGGAAAGAGUGAGACCGGUUACCGAAUUCGAUUGGACAAGGAUAAUUCCAAUGAUGAAAGCUGUCUCUCCCCGCGAGUAUAUACAUAUAAGUACGCUCCAAAUAACACCUUGCAUAUAUUAUAAUAAUUAUUAUUCCAUUACCAAUGUUAAUUCCUUGUUGCCCCCUCCCGCCCCCGGUGCGAAUCGUCACAAAAAAAAAUUGGCGGUCAUCGAAUUCCGUGUAGCGACCAUAAUUGUUAUUGUGAGAGCCCAUUACACUACAGAAUAAAAAUAAACGUGCAUCACCACGAUUAUUUCGUUUAACGUCAUCGUACAUCGAUAUACUUUGCACAACGUCAAUUUGUAAUGAAUAAAAGAAGCCAAGUUAUAUCGGCACACACACACACACUUAUACACAAUACACCUACACACUCGAUCGUUGCUAAACGCGAACUCGUUUUUAGUCUAGCUAGUCGAUUUUCGGUAUGGCAAAACGCUCGUGAGUAACCCACCAGAUUCUCACAACACGACGACGGCACCGAGAAUCCGUCGUGCCUCGGUUUUUGUCGGUAUCUGACAUUCUUGUUUUUCCUUUUUACUCUUGUGACGUAAGAUACCUGGAUAGAUAUUUUGCUGCCGUCCGCACAAUGUGUGCGGACUUGCAGUACACGCGUACAGAGGCGAGAGAAAAUUGCUGUCGACGGAAUAGAGACGGAAAAUCCGAUUGCGUAUAGAGAGACGAUUGCCGUACGGAUAGUUAGAACGAAUAUGACAACAAGUAUUUAGCGUUGCGACGACAAAAACGCGCGCGUGUGUGAGAUGAUAUAGCUUUUUUAAACUGCCACUGAUACGCAAAAAAAUUUUCUAGCCGUUAAAAAAAACGUGUCUUGUCCGAAAAACAACGAGAGGCCAACAUCUUUACGAAGAUUUGUUGCCCAAAAGCGCCACGCUACAGUUUACAGUCCACCCUAAUGAAAUAUCUCUGCGUAUCUUACACGUCUUACUGUCGAUCGUUUUCGACGAAUUUCGAAGGCACUGGCAACUUACUGGAAUUAUCUCACCGUAAUUGGAUGUGCGAUACAGUAAAGAAGAUGUAAUCAUCGAAGUCUACGUCACAGUCGCUGAAAAAAUUUAUGUAGAAAAAUAUAAAAAAAAUUUAUGGACACAUUGCUUAUUGACGGGGACAACGUUUCACGUUUCGUUCGACGUAUAUACUUAUGUCGUCUUGAAAACAAUGUAUGAAUACAUAUACCGUGUAGGCGAGAUGUAUUAGCAGUAUGUUAGCAAUUUGCUAAGUAGAUUCGAGCGCCAGCCACAUUGUGGCAGUCUCGCCUGGGCUUGACAUAAUCCGACAGCAGACUGCCUGGCGGAAAUCGAGCGGAAUGGAAUAUAUCAUUUGAAAGGUCAAGGCAGAUUCUGCUCGACUUCUGCGAUCAAUCUGCCAUCGUGUUCUCUGUUAACACAGAUUCUGUUAUACCGAUAAAAUUCGGUAGCGGUAAACUUUUGCAAAAUCCCGCCUUCGACGCGGAACUUUGGCUGUCCGGAUAUUUUUGGAGGGCGUUUACUUCAAUCAUGCCUGAAAAGACUAUUUAACGUUUCACGCUCUCGAUAGUCGGUACAUCCGAGAAUUGAUAAUUCAUCGUUGCCUAUGCCCUUGAAAUGACGAGCGAUAGAACUAACGCUUUGUUUUAUUCAUUCAAUUAGCUCUUUGUAUCGACCAUCCUUUCGCGUAAAAUAAUUUGUCAAGUCGGAGCGGACUUCUCUCCCCUUCUCUUCCCCUUCUCUCCCCCCCUCCCCCCGUUUUAACGAUCAAUCGAUGAAAAACGCUGUCGCGCUUCGAGAAUGAGGAGUACACUUGAAAAUAGAUAAGCAUAAAUGUAAACGGGAUAUCCGUGUUAAUUAACAACGUAAAGAAAAAAAACGACAAAUAAUCUUAAUUUUUGCGCCAAGGAA